AUGGCCGGUGUGGAUGUGCGGCCAGGCCAGGCGCAGUGCACCGUUGCCGUGGACUUGGAAGGACAAGUGUUGACCAGUGACGGCCAGCAACAAGAAGUAUCUGGCAAAGGUCUGGACUACCUGACGUAUAAGGUCCUCAAGGAGAUUGGUGUGAGCGCAGUAGGGAAACGCUUAGAGUUGCUUCAAGAAUUCCAGAAACUGAAGAAAUUGCGUGACCACGCCAUCGCCGGAGUCUCUGUAGAUUCCCUCCACUACAAGGUAUUUAACGACCGGAUCCAUGGACAAAUUGAGCUGCAUCCACUCUGCGUUCGGAUCAUCGACACCCCACAAUUCCAGAGGUUGCGGUACAUCAAACAGCUGGGUUGUGCUUACCUAGUCUUCCCUGGUGCAGCACACAAUAGAUUUGAGCAUUCAAUUGGAGUGUGUUACUUGGCAGAGUCAUUUUGCCGGACUCUGCAGUACAGGCAGCCAGAACUGAACAUCACAGAGAAAGACAUCCUUUGUGUUCAAAUUGCGGGUCUAUGCCAUGACUUGGGCCAUGGUCCAUUUUCCCACAUGUUCGAUCAGCUCUUCAUUCCGACUGUCAGGCAGGGUUCUGAAUGGAAGCACGAGAAAGCCUCGGUGGACAUGUUUGACCAUCUGAUUGAAGCCAACCAACUGAUAGACGUCUUUGCCAAGUAUGGUUUAGACGCCCAAGACAUCAACUUCAUCAAGGAGCUAAUUAAAAGGGGAAAAAAGAAACCUUUGCGCGACACAGGCCGUAAUAAGGACAAGAACUUCCUGUACGAGAUUGUUGCCAACGAGCGUAACGGUAUCGACGUGGACAAGUGGGAUUACUUCCAGCGAGAUUGCGAAAACCUGGCCAUCUCUAGCAGCUUUGACAGCCGCCGUUUCGAGAAGUUCUGCCGAGUCAUCGAGGUGGAUGGCGAGAAGCAGAUAUGCACCAGGGAUAAGGAGGUGGCAAAUGUGUACGACAUGUUCUACACACGAUACAGCCUCCACCGCCGCGCUUACCAGCACAAGGUGGUCAAGAUCAUAGAAAGCAUGCUUGUUGAAGCAUUAGUGAAGGCAAACGAUCACUUCUUGGUCAAAGGAAAGGAAGGCAACAUGUUGCAGAUGUCGGAAGCGAUCGAUGACAUGGUUGCCUACACCAACAUGACCGACGACAUCAUCCUUCAGAUCAUGCGUUCCGAUGAGCCAGCCCUGGCUGAGUCCCGUCACAUUCUGGAGAUGGUCCAGCGGCGUGAGCUGUACAAGUUCAUCGGCAAGACUCAGCCCACUCAAGAGCAUGACCAUGGCAUGGAUUUUCGAAAGAAGAAUACAGUUCAAAAAAUGGAUACUAUGGAUCAGAAUACAGUUGAAGAAAGGGAUCCUAUGGAUCAGAUAAAGGAAGACAUCAUUCAGGCUCAGAAACCCGAAGACAUGGACGGUGAACCACUCGAGGCUGACCAGCUGAUCAUACAUGUAAGAGCUGUAUAUCUGCUCUACACUUGACCGAUAGAGGGUGCUAUUUACCAAUUUCUUUAUUCCGGUCUUCCGUGUUUGUGUUUCUGGGUGAUGUUAGUCCACUGAUUAACCUCAUGUAAUAUAAACUAUGUCUUGGCCUGUUGAACACAAAUUUAUGUGACUAUAAAUAUAUCAUAGAUGCAUUUGCGGAAGCGGCUAUAUUCCACAGUCUACACGAAUUAGCGGACGGACUGCUUGUCGUAAAGGGACCGCCCAUAAACUACGUACGCACGAAAUGUUGACUAUUUAGACCCCGUCCCCACCCCUGUACACACGUAGUGGUUCAACCGCACUGUACGUUUAAUACAAAGCAUUACGAAUCUGCUAUGCUACCCGGCUUAAUGAAGCAGUUUUUUUUAUUGGCGAUUGUGUAGUUAUUAUGAAACUAGUACCAAACUAGUUAGC